GACAACCCGCACAACCAUGGUUGCCCUCACUUCUGUCUUUACCACUCUCUUUGCUGCUGCCCUUUCUAUCACCGGCGUCGUCGCCGCCCCUGUGAAUCAGACCCUCUCUGCCCGUUCCGCUGCCCCGGCGGCUCCUCACUUCGUCGCGUACGACGACAAGUGGAUCACCCCACCGUCUGCUGCUGACCUUCAGGGCUACAAUGUCUACGCGAUGACCUUCUGGCGCCCGAACGGCGCCGUCGACCAGGCCGAAAAUUGGGCGGGACUCGACGUCGCGACGCGCACCUUGGCUUUGACGACCUACAGGGCGGCCGGCAUCAAGACCGUUGUGUCUGCUUUCGGUGCCCAGUUCUACCCGACCAGUGGCAGCCCGGCGCUGGACCCUACGCAGACGGCCGACGAGCUCGCGGCGUGGGUUAUCCAGUAUGGCCUCGACGGCGUCGACAUCGACUAUGAGGACUUGCCCGCGAUGGACAAGAAGGACGGUUCUGCGGAGCAGUGGCUCAUCACGUUCACGACCGAGCUGAGGAACAAGCUGCCUGCGUCUGACUAUUUUAUUACCCAUGCCCCUCUUGCUCCCUGGUUUGCGCCCAGCGUGUACACGUCUGGUGGUUACAUCAAGGUCAAUCAGCAGGUCGGCUCCCUGAUCGACUGGUACAACGUUCAGUACUACAACGAUGGCUCCAGCGAAUACACCACCUGUGAUGGCCUCAUCAACACCUCCUCCUCAAACAACCCCGACUCGGCCCUCUUCCAGAUCGUCGCUGCCGGCGUCUCCGCCGACAAGCUCGUUAUUGGCAAGCCCGGCACAUCAGUCGAUGCGACCAACGGCUACAUGAGCGCGAGCGACCUCGCGUCCUGCCUCCAGCAGGCGACCGCGAAGAACUGGAACGCCGGUGUCUCCGUCUGGCAGUACCCUGACGCUGACGCCAGCUGGAUCAAGACGGUCCGCUCGCUCGCGUUCCCCGAGUAAAUUGAGCGUGCUGCGCUUUCCCGGCCGGCACAAUUCAUGAGGUGAUUCCUUAGGCGCAUACUCACGAGAACGAGGGAUCUUUUAUAGAUUUGUGCUACGGGAUUUGUGGGGUGUCUUCAUAGCUACCCUAUUGUCUGUUGUAUACCCUAAUCGU